CAAUUAUUUAGCAGAAUAAACUGUAUCCAUUAUGAUGUCUGGGGACUCCCAUAAUUCGGAAGAUCCUAUUUUGCGAGCGAUUCGUCAAAAGAACAAAGCGCCGGUUCAUGAUUUUACAAUCUUUGUCCAAGAAGACGGUAACAGUGUGAGCACACAGGACCGAAUUGUAAAGCAUGUUCAGGCACCUGCUGCAUAUGUACCUACGGACGCCGAGUUCUUUGACAUCAAUGAGCCAGGGAAGCCUGAUUUACACUUUCUUCGUAACCAUUUUAUUCGUGAAGGAAGACUGUCCGAAGGACAAUGUUUAUAUAUCAUAAAACAGGCAAUUGAAAUUCUCAGGACAGAAGAGAAUUUAAUUGAGGUUGAUGCACCUAUAACAGUGUGCGGCGAUAUCCAUGGUCAAUACUACGACCUCAUGAAGCUCUUUGAGGUCGGUGGAAAUCCAGAUAAUACGCAAUAUCUUUUUUUAGGUGAUUAUGUUGAUCGGGGUUAUUACUCCAUUGAGUGUCUACUAUAUCUAUACUCCUUAAAAAUUUGGUAUCCCAAUACCUUUUGGUUACUUCGUGGCAACCAUGAAUGUGCUCAUUUGACUGAUUAUUUCACCUUCAAGCUCGAAUGCACCCAUAAAUACAACGCAAAAGUAUAUCAGACAUGCUUAGAGUCUUUCAAUGCGCUUCCUCUCGCUGCUAUUAUGAAUAAACAAUUCCUGUGUGUUCACGGAGGUCUUUCCCCCGAGUUACAUACCCUUAAUGACAUUCGUAUGAUUAAUCGUUUUUGUGAGCCUCCUACCCAUGGUUUGAUGUGUGAUUUGUUAUGGUCCGAUCCUCUAGAAGAAUUUGGCUCAGAGACUUCCAGCAAGCAUUAUAUUCACAACAAUGUUCGUGGCUGUUCUUACUUUUACAGUUAUCCUGCGGUGUGCUCGUUUCUUGAAAACAAUAACUUGCUAUCAGUAAUUCGUGCACACGAAGCCCAAGAUGUAGGAUACCGUAUGUAUCGAAAAACAAAGUCUACUGGCUUUCCUUCUUUAAUGACAAUAUUUUCCGCCCCUAAUUACUUGGAUGUGUAUAAUAAUAAAGCGGCUGUUCUCAAGUAUGAAAAUAACAUUAUGAAUAUUCGACAAUUCAAUUGUUCGCCACAUCCUUAUUGGCUUCCUAACUUUAUGAACGUAUUUACUUGGAGUUUACCUUUUGUCGGCGAAAAAGUGACCGAAAUGCUGAUAUCUAUGCUAAACAUCUGUUCAAAAGAAGAACUAUAUGAUAAUCCUCUAGACGAAGACGAAGUCACAUUACCUUCAUGCCUGGAUGCAGGAAAAUCAGAUACAGAGCUCGACCUUGAAGCUCGAAGACAGAUUAUCAGAAGCAAAAUUAUGGCAAUUGGAAGGAUUUCACGAGUCUUUAGUGUUCUUCGUGAAGAACGUGAAAGCGUUUCUGAAUUAAAAAAUAUGUCGGAAAAUAGACGAUUACCUGCUGGUACUUUGAUGCUUGGAGCGGAAGGUAUCAAAAACGCUAUUAAUUCUUUUGAUGAUGCUCGUAAACUAGAUCUUGAAAAUGAGCGCUUACCUCCCUCCAACAGUCGUCGUCAUUCCAUGGAAAUGAAAUCCUUGGAAGAUGUCAUAAAUUCAUCUGAAAAUGAAGAUUUAACCGCGAAUAAGAAGUCUUGAAAUUUUGUUAAGAUCCCCCUUAGUUUAUUUCAUAUCAAUUAUGUCUAGAGUACGAAUCGUAAAAACGAUACUGUUAUGGUAUUUUAUUAAUGAAAUUAAACGAUAGAAUUACUAUAUAUAAUCUUCCAUUGCAUAGUUAGUAGUAAUCUAAUAC